UUAGGACAGGGUUUAGGACACACACACACACACAGCACCUACCUAUUCAACAACACACUCAACAUUAAGAUACAGGUAUUUGUGUGGACAACAACAACAACAACAGGUAUGGACAGAGAGAAGACACCUAAACGCAAACUAAGUCCAAAUAAUCCGACGAACACUACUAGUAUGUCGACAACAACUACAACAACACCACCAGUCGAUAGUAUAGAUCCAGAAGCCAGAGAUUUAUUGACGGAAAUAAUCGAUAGGGCAGUCAAGGAGGAGUCGGAAAAUGGUAUCCUCAUCGAUGAUGAUCAACAAAUGGUCAGUCGGUUAGUAUCGGCAAUGGUCGACCGAGUAGUUGAUUUGGACGCAAACAACAAUCCACAACAACAACAACAACAACAACAACAACAGGAACAGACAGUCGGUGCAGACAAUGCUAGUGGUCGUCCUUAUCGUCCGAUCAGACAUAGACCGCCAACCAAAUCGAUUGGUACGCCGACUUAUACACCACCCGAACCAGUGAUAACCGAUCCGAUUAGUCCAAAAACUGACCGGAGAAGUUGGUCGGUAGACAAUCUCUAUCGACUGGACGAUCAAUUGUCAGCUGAUUUCUAUAAAGAAGUAGAACCCAAAGCCGGACAACCGUAUCAACAGCAACAGCUCAGACAGUUAGCGCCCAGACAGCCGUCGUUUUUCGAUACCCCGGCCGGUUCAGGACCUCGGCCACACUUGUUUAUGUCGGCACUGGACGGCUAUGUAGGUAAGGGAUCGGGUAGUCCUGAGCGACGGAAAGGUAGUCGUCGUAAUCCCAUAAAAGGUGAACUAUUCCAACACAAUGCCGAUACUAUUGAAUCCACACUAUCGGUGGAUGACUAUCAGCAACUGUGCCUGGAGUUGGCUGAUUAUGGUUUUAAUUUAGACAAUCAGAAUAUCAUUGGUAGGGGAACUAGAGGAACAGUAGUUACCGGUACGUAUGGACCAAAUAUUCAUAGAAAUUUGUUGCCUAUUGAGGCCGAGUAUCUCAACGGUAACGACCAUCUCAUCGAAGUACAGGUAGGCCAAAGGUUUGCCGUUAAAUAUACACAUUUCAACGAAACGGCUGGCGAUUAUUAUCGUUACCUAUUCAACAUGGAGAAGCUAGUUAUGAAACAUGUAGGCCGUCACCCGAAUUGUGUUAGCUAUAGGCUGGCCAUUGGUUUAGGUCAUCGGCGAUUCGUUGAUUACAGUGGCGACCAGUUCUAUAGCUACGAACAUAGCCUAUUGUUGAUGGACUUGGCCGACCAAGGUGAUCUAGACCAAUUUAUCAAUCAAACCAAUCGGUACACACCGGCCAUUUGUAUAUAGUUUAUACGUGAACUGUU